UACACACACACACACACACACACACACACACACACACACACACACACAGAGGCUCGUCUGAACUUGAAGACAUCUCACAAUCCAAGAGGCUGCAGGUUCCUGGGGAUGCCCUGGUUUCUUCAAUCAGGAAAAUCCUAACCUCACCUUCCUAGAAGGGAUUAUCUUUUCUUUCCUUUUUUCCCCUUAUUAUUAUUGUUUUAAUCUGGAAGAGAAGAGCACAAGUUGUACUCCCCCUCCCGCCUCUUCUUGCUAAAUGCCAUGGAUAUAACUGAAUAAGCUGCUCAGGGCUCUCCCCGCGUGGAUGGUCCGAAGCCACCAUCUGCCUGCCUUCGCUGGAUCGCUGGAGUGGAGAGCUUAGUGUGAGCCUAUCUUCAGCCAGGAAGGAUGCGUGGCCGAGCCAGGGAGCCCGGGCGCCCUGCGGAGCCGGCCUCGGAGCCUCCCAGCCGCGGGUAGAUGCCGCCUUGCCCAGGUGCCGAGGUUGAGUGACCAGACCAUGGAGACUCUGCUUGGUGGGCUGCUGGCUUUUGGCAUGGCGUUUGCUGUGGUCGAUGCCUGCCCCAAGUACUGCGUCUGCCAGAACCUGUCUGAGUCACUGGGGACCCUGUGUCCCUCCAAGGGGCUCCUCUUUGUGCCCCCUGACAUUGACCGGAGGACGGUGGAGCUGCGCCUGGGUGGCAACUUCAUCAUCCACAUUGGCCGCCAGGACUUUGCCAACAUGACAGGACUGGUGGAUCUGACCUUGUCUAGGAACACAAUCAGCCACAUCCAGCCCUUCUCCUUUCUGGAUCUCGAGAGUCUCCGAUCCCUGCACCUCGACAGCAACCGACUGCCCAGCCUUGGGGAGGACACACUCCGGGGCCUGGUCAACCUGCAGCACCUUAUCGUGAACAAUAACCAGCUGGGUGGCAUCGCUGAUGAUGCCUUUGAGGACUUCCUGCUGACGUUAGAAGAUCUGGACCUGUCCUACAACAACCUCCACGGACUACCCUGGGAUUCUGUACGGCGCAUGGUCAACCUCCACCAACUGAGUCUGGACCACAACCUGCUGGACCACAUCGCCGAGGGCACCUUUGCAGACCUUCAGAAGCUGGCCCGCCUGGACCUCACAUCCAAUCGGCUGCAGAAGCUGCCCCCGGACCCCAUCUUUGCCCGCUCCCAGGCCUCCUUGCUGACCGCCACGCCCUUUGCCCCGCCCCUGUCUUUCAGUUUUGGGGGAAACCCGCUGCACUGCAAUUGUGAGCUUCUCUGGCUGCGCAGGCUGGAGAGGGAUGACGACCUGGAGACCUGUGGGUCCCCUGGAGGCCUCAAGGGUCGCUAUUUUUGGCAUAUUCGUGAGGAGGAGUUUGUGUGUGAGCCACCUCUCAUCACACAGCACACACACAAGCUGCUGGUUCUGGAGGGCCAAGCAGCCACUCUCAAGUGCAAGGCCAUUGGGGACCCUAGCCCCCUGAUCCACUGGGUCGCCCCUGAUGACCGCCUGGUGGGGAACUCCUCCAGGACUGCUGCAUAUGACAACGGCACCCUGGACAUCCUUAUCACCACCUCUCAGGACAGCGGAGCCUUCACCUGCAUUGCAGCUAACGCCGCAGGAGAGGCCACGGCCUCAGUGGAGGUCUCCAUUGUCCAGCUCCCACACCUCAGCAACAGCACUAGUCGGAUGGCGCCUCCCAAGUCUCGCCUUUCGGACAUCACGGGUUCCAGCAAGACCAGCCGGGGAGGGGGAGGCAGUGGGGGUGGGGAGCCUCCCAAAAGUGCCCCGGAGAGGGCUGUUCUUGUGUCCGACGUAACCACCACAUCUGCCCUGGUCAAGUGGUCUGUCAGCAAGUCAGCUCCCCGAGUGAAGAUGUAUCAGCUGCAGUACAACUGCUCCGACGACGAGGUACUGAUUUACAGGAUGAUCCCAGCCUCCAACAAGGCCUUCGUGGUCAACAACCUGGUGUCCGGGACGGGCUACGACUUGUGUGUGCUGGCCAUGUGGGACGACACAGCCACGACCCUCACGGCCACCAACAUUGUGGGCUGUGCCCAGUUCUUCACCAAGGCUGACUACCCACAAUGCCAAUCUAUGCACAGCCAGAUCCUGGGGGGCACCAUGAUUCUGAUCAUCGGGGGUAUCAUUGUGGCCACCCUGCUGGUCUUCAUCGUCAUCCUCAUGGUCCGGUAUAAGGUUUGCAACCACGACACCCCAGGCAAGAUGGCAGCAGCCACUGUCAGCAAUGUGUACUCACAGACCAAUGGGGCCCAGCCUCCACCUCUGGGUGGGAUACCUGUCGGGCAGCUUCCUCAGGCACCACCCAAGGUUGUAGUGCGGAAUGAGUUGAUGGACUUCAGUACCAGCCUGGCCAGGGCCUGUGACUCUUCUUCCUCCAGCUCCCUGGGAAGCGGGGAAGCUGCAGGUCUGAGCCGGGGUCCCUGGAGGCUCCCACCCCCUGCUCCUCGCCCCAAGCCCAGCCUGGACCGCUUGAUGGGAGCCUUUGCCUCCCUGGACCUCAAGAGUCAAAGGAAAGAAGAACUUCUAGACUCCAGGACUCCAGCAGGCAGAGGGGCAGGGACAUCGGCCAGGGGCCACCAUUCAGACCGAGAGCCACUCCUGGGGCCCCCAGCCACCCGUGCCAGGAGCCUUCUCCCUUUGCCCCUGGAGGGCAAGGCCAAAAGAAGCCACUCUUUUGACAUGGGAGACUUCGCAGCUGCAGCCGCAGCUGCUCCUGGUGGCUACAGCCCCCCUAGGCGGGUCUCAAACAUCUGGACGAAGCGCAGCCUGUCUGUCAAUGGCAUGCUCUUACCCUUUGAGGAGAGUGACCUGGUGGGAGCCCGGGGGACAUUUGGCAGCUCAGAAUGGGUAAUGGAAAGUACUGUGUAGCCGGGGUAGGAUCACCUUUCCUCCCACUCUCAGUGGGAGAGGAAGGGGACAGAGUCAGCACUGGCGAGUAUUUGUGGAGUUUCCAUGGUGAUGUUUACAUCCAGGGACAGUCUUGUCUCCCUGUCAACAGCCUCAUGUCCUUCUGCCCAGCUGUACCCUUUCCCCAUGUCACCUUCCCAGGCCUGUCCCCACCACCCAGCGGGGUGUGCUCAGGGAAUGGGACUCGCUCAAGUGUCAGACUGAGCCCUGAGUGUUUGGAGAGGCAACACACUGCCUCUCUAUUCACAAAUGUAGCGACAAGCAAGCGGCUUUGGAUUGCUUAUGGAUCCAGUGUUGUUUUGAUUUCUUAAUUUAUUUUUCCAUUUCCCAGA